UGGAUGUUGGAUUUGGAGAGGGGAAUGUUUCUCGAAUUGGAUUGGAAGUAGAAAACACAAAAAAUCUUCAGUCUUGUUUGUUAUUAUGUUUCCGUUUACGAAGUUCGCCUCGGGCUCAAACAAUUGAAUAGGGUUGGCUUUCUCCAUCAUUUGCUCUUCCGCGAUCAACAAGUGUUGGAGAAUUAAUCGUCAGUGAUAGUUUAUCUUUAAAAGUAAAUAAAGCAAUUUAGCCAAUUCAUAUCUGUUGCAUUCGUCUUGGAUACUACACUUUCAUUUUCUCUAAAGUUAGCGGCAUGCUGGUGGGAGGUCAUGGGGAGCCGAACCCGAACACUACAUGGCUACAGAGUCGGGGAUUCUGGAUAGCCUACUCCCUGGGACUCCUGGUUCUCCACCUCAUCCUUCUGUCUGUGCCUGUCUUCAGCAUCCCCGUCGCUUGGACUCUCACACAUCAGAUACACACAGUAUUGCAGUUUAUAUUCCUGCACACGCUGAAGGGCGCACCAUGGAUCCCUCAGGACCAGGGAGACUGCCGUGUGCUCACCCACUGGGAGCAGAUCGACUACGGGGAGCAGUUCACAACCACCAGGAAGUUCCUCACUGUCGCUCCGAUCGUGCUGUUUCUGCUGACAUGUUUCUACACACGCAAUGCCUCGCACCACUUUGUGAUAAACUUCAUCUCUCUGGUAGUGGUAGUCCUGCCUAAGCUGCCACAGUUCCACAAGGUUCGGCUGUUUGGUAUAAACAACAAGUACUGA